CUUGGAUUGAAUUAAGACAUAGAUUAAAAAAAAACUGAAACUAUUGAUAAAGUUUCUCAAGAACAAUUUAAGAAAGAAAAACAAUAUUUGAAAAUGUAUUAUUAAGAAUUAUUUCCAUUGUGAAAUAUCUUGCCAAAUAUAAUUUGGCAUUUCGUGGAACACAUGAAAAAUUAUAUGAAAAUAGUACUGGUAAGUUUUUAGGAUUAAUAGAGAUGUUAGCAGAAUUUAAUAGUGUUAUAAGAGAACAUGUUUAUCGAAUUACCAAUGUUAGUAUUUAUCAUCAUUAUCUUGGUCAUAAUAUUCAAAUGAAUUAAUUCUUUUGAUUGCUUCAAGAAUUAAGUCAAAAAUCAUUACAAGAAUAAAAGAGGCAAACUAUUUUCAGUGAUGUUUGAUUGUACUUCUACCUGAUACUAGUCAUCAAGAGCAAAUGACACUCCCAAUAAGGUGGUGAGGUAUCACGCGACGACAUGAGAAGCGCGGGGACCGAUCGAGGUGGCAUAGUCUCAUGUUGGCACCGUCGGGAUUUAUCCUCAUUUCUUAUUGUUUGUUAUUGCUUUAUUGAAUGUUCAAGUUAGGUACUUGUGCUAUAUUGUGUGAUGACUGAUGGUGAUUGAUUUCGGAGUUUAGAGCUUUACUCACUGAGUAUUUGUCAAAAUGCUUACCCUUCCUUUCUUUUCAUGUGUGUUCGACGAAGUGCAGGUGUAGUCGUUUCGAUGUGGUGCUGAGUUUUCGGAUUAUUGAGAUUACUUUAAGUUAUUUCAUUUUAAGAUUUGAUUCAUUGUUUUAAGCGUUUAUUAUUUGUUUUAGUACGGUUUCAUAAAACUUUUGAAUUCGAUCUUUGGUAAUAAUAUUUGCUUUGGUCUUUUAAAGUGUUUUUUGUGAGUGGAAGCAAUGUGAAUUUAUGACGUCUCUUUUAAGUAAGAGGCGGACGUGACCAGAUUAGAUUGAUAUCUUAUUAGAUUCAGAAGAUGAUGCAGUUGUCGUAAAUAAUAGCAAAGGGAAGGACGAUACGAGGAAAUAAAGAUGAGGGUGGACAAAUUCUUCCUAUAUAUAUUUUAAAUAUAUUGUGUAUUUUUAUUUUGUAAAGUGGUUUUAAUAGUUAUGUAUAAAUAAACAUUGUUGUAAAUUCGAGGUGAUAUCAAUAAAUUAGGCCCGACUAAAACGAAAAACUCUGAUAAUUUUAGCAGUAUUAUUGUGGAUAUAUACAUAUUGUACCAAAAAUGUGAGAACACCUUUUUUAAUUUUCAGUGUGUCAAAAAAUGAUUCGAGAAGCGUAGAAGGAAAAAAUGGAAACAACUGCAAAUAACAGAAAAGCGCAUCUGAGAACAACAAAAAGGACAAUCUCUUUCUAAUCUGUUGUUGUCGUCGUUGCUGGGUCACAGAUCUCCUCUUUGUUUUUGUUGUUCUUUUUCUCCAAAUUCAACACAAAUCUUUGUGAUUCUCAAGAAAGUCACGCGAGAAACCUAGACGAGGAGACCCAGAAAGGGAAGGAGAUAGAUGUACUAUUAGGGCAUACGUUGCUCGUAGCUCCUCCUCUCGCUCUCAACAUUUGUUUGUUGCGUUGAUUCGUCUCAGAAACAAAAAAGAUUUUCGCAAUUGUGACGUGUGUGCCAAGGAACUAGGUUUAUUUCGAUAUUACGUGAGAUGAACGCAACAUCAAUUCCAUAGGAGAAAUCAUCAAAAACCAACACUUGUAAGCGGAUGAAGCAACAAGCCCCAAGGGUUUAUUUAUUAUAUGGGGCGAGCAUUGGAAUCAUCUGUUUCUCUCUUUUCACUUAGCUCUUGUUGCAAAUCAAAGUAUCUACUAAACUUGGAAUGGCUUGUUCCCAGAGAAGCCUUCCCACAGAUAGGGAGAAUGAGCAGGCGAUAGCAAUUCUGAAGAAAGGAGCGUAUCUUUUGAAAUACGGCAGGCGUGGGAAACCUAAAUUCUACCCUUUUCGGCUUUCGAGUGAUGAAAUCUUUUUGUUAUGGUACUGUGGGAAAACAGAGAAACGUCUUAAACUAAGUUCUGUGACAAGGAUCAUACCUGGACAGCGUACUUCAGUUUUCCGACGAUACCCUCAGCCCACCAAGGAAUAUCAAUCUUUUUCUCUUAUUUAUGGCGACCGUUCUCUUGAUUUGGUGUGCAAGGACAAGGACGAAGCUGAGUUCUGGAUCACAACCCUUCGAGCUCUUCUCUCACGAAACUGCUCUUCUUCAUUAGUACUUCACUCAAGAAGCCGUAGCUUUGUUCCUGACUAUGGAGGAGAACAAAGUAGCUCCAACAAUAAUUCACUUUCCAAUAUCAGAUCAGUCAGCAGUGAUACAAGCUGCGAGGAACAUGCGAAAAAGGCUUCAGGAUCUCACAUUAACACUCCACAGAGACUAGGGAAAGUUUUCUCAGAGGUGUUGUCACAAACAGCAGUACUAAGAGCACUCGCUUUGGACGAACUGGUGCAUAAACCUCAUAACACAUCUCCAGAGACAUUAGAGAAUCGACCUACUAACAAUCAUUCCCCUGCUGUUGAUACAAGUAAAUAUACAGUUUCCAGCGCACUGAGCUCAUCUAGUCAAGGAUCUACUUUUGAGGACUUGAAGUCUCUGUGUGAUGUCUUUGUCUGGGGAGAAAGUAUUGGAGAUGGGUUAUUGUUAGGAUGUGGCGGUGGUGGUGCUAUGCACAAAAGUGAAAGCAGCUCUUCCCUAACGGCUGCUGAAACCUUUUUGCCCAAAGUUCUGAAAUCACACGUGGCACUUGACGCACAGAGCAUUUCAUGCGGUACCAACUAUGCAGUGCUGGUCACAAAGCAGGGACAGAUGUACAGCUGGGGAGAAGAAUCUGGAGGCAGGCUAGGACAUGGAGUUUGCUCCUACGUUCCACAGCCCAAACUCAUCGAUGAGUUUGACGGAUCAGCGGUAGAGUUAGCUGACUGUGGGGACUUUCACACGUGUGCUGUAACAUCCUCAGGGGACUUGUAUACUUGGGGAGAUGGAGCUCACAACGCUGGGCUCCUUGGACUUGGUAGUGAAGCUAGCCAUUGGAAACCAGUACGAGUCCUUGGCCAGAUGGAGGGUAUAAAUGUCAAAACCAUCUCUUGCGGACCUUGGCAUACAGCUUUUGUGACGUCAGAAGGUAAGUUGUUCACAUACGGUGAUGGUACUUUUGGUGCGCUUGGACAUGGAGAUCGUGUGAGCACUAGCGUACCGAGAGAAGCAGAGGCGCUAAGUGGCUGCAGGACAAUAAAGAUAGCUUGUGGCGUUUGGCAUUCAGCUGCUGUUGUCAGUGUUUUCGGCGAGGCAGCGUCGUCGGGAAAGCUCUUUACUUGGGGUGAUGGAGAGGAUGGGAAACUCGGACACGGGGACAAAGAGUCUAGACUAAUCCCAUCAUGUGUAGCUGAGCUGAAUGCAACUAGCUUCCAGCAAGUAGCUUGUGGGCAGAGCGUUACUGUUGCUCUCUCUGCUUCUGGGCAAGUUUAUGCAAUGGGGGUUCUUGAUCCGGUUCACGAAAACGUCGUGAGAGCUCCUUCUUGCAUUGAAGGAGGUCUAGGAAAGAGCUGCGUCCAGGAAGUGGCUUGCGGGUUUCACCAUAUCGCGGUUUUGAACUCGAAAGCCGAGGUUUACACUUGGGGCAGAGGAUCGAACGGGCAGCUCGGGCACGGAGAUACCGAGAACAGACGUUUGCCGACACUUGUGAGAGCUUUGAAAGGAAAACAAGUGAGGAAAGUGGUGUGUGGCUCUAACUACACAGCCACCAUUUGUCUUCACAAACCCAUCACCGGUACGGAUAGUUCUAGGUGUUCUGGUUGUCGCCAUCCUUUCAACUACAUGAGGAAGCUACACAACUGUUACAACUGUGGGAGUGUCUUCUGUAACGCGUGCACUAGCAAGAAGUCGUUAGCAGCAGCCAUGGCUCCCAAGACCAACAGGCCUUACCGCGUUUGCGAUGACUGCUACAUCAAACUCGAAGGAGUUCGAGAAUAUUUAGGAACUCCAGCCAACAACAGUGCUAGAUUCUCAAACGCGAGUCUACAGUCUAGCAUUAACGAGAUGGACGAUUUUGGUACAACACCGCAGCGUCAGCUUCUUAGAGUGGACUCGUUUGAUUUCUUCAGACAGUCCAAGAUCCCUGAUCUCAAAACCAUAGGUGAAACUUCAGGAGGAAGUCACGCCUCUUCUUCAAGUGGUUUUAACCUGAAAGGGAUACGACAACUCUCGAGACUCGCUUCUUUUGAUUCUGUUAAUCAAGAAGGCAAACAACGUACCAAGCAUUGCGCUUCGAAAUCAGACACCUCCUCUCUUGUAAGACACUCGGUGACUUGUGGUCUCCCGUUUUCGCGUAGAGGUUCUGUUGAGUUGUUUCCUUUGUCGAUAAAAUCCAGCCCGGUUGAAUCCGUUGGGAAUACUUCGGACUUCACCGCUGACAUAACAGAUACAGAGUUUCUGCAAGAAGGGACAAAGAAACCAAAUCAGUGCCUUAACCAGGAGAUAUCAGUUCUCAAAGCACAGGUGGAAGAGCUUACUCGUAAAACAAAACAACUCGAAGCAGAACUUGGAACGACAUCGAAGAAGCUUGAAGUUGCGGUCUUAAUGCAGCGUGAUGAUGCAGAGAAGAUCAAAACUUCAGAAGAGAUAGUCAGGUCCCUAACUCUGCAGUUGAUGGACGCGACCAAGAAAGGAGUAGACAAGACAAGGAGACGCCGAAGCUCGUUUUGAUGUAAUCCUUUUAACUAUAUAUAGAGAACAAGAAAGCAAAGAAACAGGGGGAUAGAUUGAGAAUACAAGAUUGAAUGUAAAAUACGACAAGUGUAAUAAUAAAGCUCUAACCAAAUUACAUAUUACAUUUUUGUAUAAUAUUAUUUAACUAUGGAACAAGAACAUAAAACACACUUGUGUUCGAAACUGACAAAACAAAACAAAAUUGAAAGUACAACCUUUUGAUUUUGGUUUUAGUGAAAAAUCAACAGAAGCUUCUUCAUUUCGCUAAUAAUGGCCAAGCUAAUGCUCAUCAUCUGGUUCGCCGUCACCAUCUCUUUCUUAAUCUCGUUUCUCACGACUGUUCCCGAGGUUAGGGUUUAACGGGAAGAUGGAGAAGGAAGAGGUCAAAAUCUCAACUAUCUUAAAUAGAAAAAAUUAAUCUCAUAUACUCUUACUUAAUCUACAUAAUUCUCAUACACUUAAUAAAAUAACAUAAUUCUAAUUUUACCCUUAUUAUUUUUUCUUCCUUUUCAAUUAUCGAUUUUCAAAUUUUAGAUCUCAUAAAUGUAA